UACAGCUUGCAGGCCAGUGGAUACUACUAUAUUAUUUUUACGUUACGUCGCGUCUGUUUGCUAAACUCUCCUUGAAAAGAGGCUAUCUUUUUAUUGUGUGGCGUCGGUCGCGGUUCCAGACCUACCUUUGACUGAGGUUCAAUUCUGAUAAUAAUCCCCCCAAAAUUGAUGCGAAUCACUGAAGCUGUGCAUGAGAAGAUGGUAUAGCGACAAUAUAACGCUGAAGUUUGCUGUGAAAGCAUCACAUGAAACAAGAUGGAGGAGGAAAGCUCUGUUGCUGAUGCAAUGGACAGGGAAGUUACGGUGACCAAAGUUUCCGAGGGAUCUGCCGAUUUUGUCAGAAUCAAGCAAGAAGUUGACCUGCCAGAAGAUGACACAUAUUACCCUAUGGAUUUUGGUAUUUCGGUUGAUGAAGAGGAAGAAAUGAAUCCUGUCUACGUCAAUAUAGAGCCUGGUUCCUCCGGUAUGAAGAGAAGGAGAAAGGAGAUCAUCUCCUAUAAAGAAGAGUCGACUGAGGAGGAAAGUGAGGAGAGUGAAGAAGAAAACGAGGAAGACAGCGAUGAAGAGUGGUCAAACGACGGAGAUGAACAGUCUGAAGAAGAAGAUGGGGAUCAAGAAUGGACUGAUGAGCAAGAUGACCCUGCUGACCAACCUUCUACCAGCGAGUCCACAAGCGCGCCUGUGACGACUGAUGCGCCACCAGUGGACAUCAAGCAAGAACCUCUGAGUGAUGAUGAAGGCCAACACCUGCCUUACCAAGAGGAUCCCGACCAAUUUGCAGAGAGCUACAAGAUGUUGGAAUCCUUGCGGAGAUCCUGUGAGCAAGAGGGAGUAGGGAGAUCUUCGACAGGUGGCCCCGUGGACAGUAAGUCACCCCCUCCAUUGCUUGAUGUAGAUGGAAUCAAACAAGAAAGGACAGAGGUUAUCAUUUGUGCAAUCUGUGGUGAUUUGUUCAAUACCCAGAGUGAUUUUGAUGAACACCAAAAAGUGUCACACUUUUCUGUAAGCAACCGUCACUCUGCGGUUGGAGAUGAAAGGGGAGUGGAACUCUCCAAGGAGACUGUGGCGAGUGACCCAGUCUCUCAGAUAGUCAGGUUUGAAGUAGAGGAAGGAGGUUAUGAGGUAUUGGAUAAAACAAAGAAUUUCCAGAAUGCAGUAGACCCAGAGGAAGGGUGGAACCUUAAUGGAAGCCAAGAAAUGCCAAGUAACUCCCAAUGUGUACAGUCUGAAUCCCGUACUUGUAGAUUUUGUAAGAAAGCAUGUCCCAACAAGCGUAUGUACUUGCUACACCUGAGAACUAAACACAGUGAAGAACUCCCUUAUGAAUGUCCAAAUUGUAAGGCCAGGUACUUGGAGAAGAAAGACUUGGAUAGUUACAGUCGCACAAGGGCUGGGAGAACUGAUAAGGGUGGUAAGGACAGAAAUAUUUGUGAAUUUUGCGGGGACAAGACCUCAUAUCUUUGCCUCACGUGCGAUAGGGAAUUUAAAAGCAGAUCCAAAUUGAUUGCACAUCAAAAGGUGCACAGUAAACGCAGACUGUGCUAUUGCCAUUUGUGUGAUGAGUACUUUCCAGAUACACGGCGAACUAGGGAGCAUUUAGAGACCCACUAUCCUAUCAUAGACAAAAGACAAAAUGAUAAAAGACAGUCAGUUCAGGCUGCAAGUAGGAUUGGGAGGAAAGGUCAAGUAAUCUCUGGUACCAUUACACCGUACAAGAAGAAGCCACCUCCCGGCUCUGGCACCAGGGUGCCUCUUCCCUGCUUUGAGCAUAUGCAGAACAACCAGCGCCAGAAUUAUUUACCUAAACACUUUCAGACUUAUGGGUUUACAUAUUUUGCUCGUUCUUCUGACCAAAGACCACAGCAUCCUGAUAUGUCUGUACAGUCCAUUCUAGAUACUGUCCACAGGGCUGCUUCGCAGGUGCAAACCUCUUUUCCAUCACCUAGCCAUUACUGCCAGUGGUGUGGCAUGGAUUUUGAUAAUUUGAAAGAAUUGGUGGAGCACACACAAAUGCACAUCAAAAAGGGUAAAACACAUUGCCCGGUCUGUAAGAAAUAUUCCAGAUCAAAAAAACUCUUCAGGAAGCACCUUAGAAAACAUGGUAUAGUUCUUUCCCAUGAGUCAAGUUCGCGUUCAUCAUGCAAUUCUCAGGUGCCCAUGCAAUCAAGGAACAGUAUGUUGAUGUCGCGUAAGAAAACUCCUCCUAAAACUUACAUAUCUCAGAGGGCUAAACUAAAAAGGAGUGACAGGUUGAUGAAAAAAUACCUGUCUGAAAGGUCAUAUAAGUCCAGGUCCUCAUCAAACCUUGGAAAAUGUCCAGUAGAAUCUCAAAAUUUUGACAACAGGCAAAACACGCAACAUGCAAGCAGUCUCUCUGUUUACCCCCAGCAAAACAAUCCGUCUCGGAAUUUUAAGAGUAACAAAGCUGUUGACUCUUCACAAAAUUCAAUACUUUCUAGUCCAGGAGAUGAGAAGUCCUAUAUUCAUAGUUGUGGUGGGUGCAAAUGCGAAUUCGAGAGUCGAGAAUUGCUUUCCCAGCAUAUCUGUGUACCUAAAUUCAAGUUAGGUAUAUAUUGUCAUCUUUGCCCGAAGUGGUUUGAAUCCAAACUUAGCUUGCAGUGGCAUAUGAGCCUGAAACAUCCUCAGGCAAAUGAAAUUCAUGUCGAAGAGUCUGUUAGCACCAAAGAUCAGCGGUCAGUUGCACACCCCCUCAUUCGUGAAGUUUGUUCCAAAUCUUCUGCUCCUCAGAGUGGGCGCAUGACUCAUUGGAAAGGUCACAGCAUGAACACUCAGUCAAAGGUACAACCCCAAAGCUGUAAUACUGUACCCCAAGAAGGACGUAUGUCCGGCCGGAAACGGAAGAACCCAUUCAAUGAUCAAGAAGAGAAACUCAGAUGUGCAUGGUGCCAGAAGGAGUUUCAUAGUUUGAGGGAACAGUUGGAUCAUAUCAAUAUCCACCUUGCAUGGGGUAACAACCGUUGUCCAAUCUGUGGAAAAUGGUAUGCUUUACAACCCUUAAGAGCACACCUCAGGGUUGCUCAUGCAAUAGUAACACCCAGCCGUGGCAGAAUCUUUGCCUUUUCACCAAUGGCUCCCUUGCUUGGAGGAUUGCAGAAUUGCUGUUCUUGGUGUGAUGAAGAAUUUGAUUCAAGAAGUGCACUGGAUAUUCAUACACAGCUGCACAUCAGCAAGGAAAGUAACCGGUGCCCACUAUGCGGCAUGUGGUUCAAAAACCCUCAGUCUCAAGGUUUUUUCAGGUUGCAUCUGAGAAAUCAUGGUAUACCAGUAAGCAUGACAUCAGAUGAUGGAAGAUUGACCAAUGAUAGCUCAAGAAAGGACACCUAUUCAUCUUCUGUAUCCCAAACCAUUGAUAAGUUCAAGCAGAUUGAUCAUACUUCCUCAGAGCGACAGAAAAAGUCAGUCGAGUCUGAAUAUGCUGAUGAAGAGGAGAAACUCUGUUGUGCCUGGUGUUUUAAACAAUUUCAUGACACCAAUGAACUAUUGGAACAUACAAACACCCAUAUUGCUUACGGUAAUAACUGCUGUCCAGUUUGUAAGAAGUGGUAUGGUUUAGCUUCGAUAAAGCGCCACCUGAAACUAAAUCAUGGUAUUAACACCGCUUGUCAUGCUAGGGAGUUUGAUGCUUCACCAAGGAUCACCUUGCCUCAAGAAAUGCAGAAUCGCUGCAAAUGGUGCGAUGAACAAUUUGAGUCCAGCAAAGCUCUAGGAAUUCACUCACUCCUUCACAUUUGCGAUGGAAAGAACCGUUGUCCUGUUUGUGGCAAGUGGUUUGGACGAGUGAAACGGGAUUUCAAGGUCCACCUACGGUGCCAUGGCGUUUUCAUACCUCGUGAUUAUAAAGUUCUAAAGGUUGAUGAUGCAGAUAAUGUUGUGCUCCCUUCACAGAUGGGUGGAUUCAAACUCAAGACAAUGCAUCUCCCAAACAUACAAAAUGAAGGCGCAUCUUACAAACUAUGCUGUGCCUGGUGUAAGAAGCAAUUCAAUGAGGAAGAUGAACUAGUAAGUCAUACCAACAUCCAUUUUGCACAUGGUAACAACUGUUGUCCAAUCUGUAAGACGUGGUAUAGACAUUUGCCUUAUAUGAAGCACCACCUCAAGGUCUCCCAUGGAAUAAACACUCCUGAUAAAGAUAGGAAUUUUGAUGUGUCUCCUGCAGUUGACCCCGGUCAGGAAAUACGGAAUCGCUGUCGAUGGUGUGAUGAAGAAUUUAAGUCAAGCGAUGCCCUCGCAAGUCACACGCUUCUCCACAUUGGCAGGGGAAAGAAUCGUUGUCCAGUGUGUGGCGAGUGGUUUAGACCAUCAGCAAAACAGAGUUUCAAAGUCCAUCUCCGAAGCCAUGGCAUCAUCUUGCCCUGUACAACAUAUGCACAGAAUGUUGAUGGUUCAAAUAUGGUGCUGCCUGCUUCAGAGAUUGUUGUCGUGGACAAGAUGGAAGUGCAUAGCCCAAAUAUAUUGAAUCAAGACACAACGUGUGUCUGGUGUUCAAAGCAUUUUCAUAACACUGACAAACUGCUGGAUCAUAUCAAAAUCCACAUUGCAAUAGGCAACAACUGUUGUCCUGUAUGUAAGAAAUGGUUUACUUUUGAAUACUUCAAGGGGCACCUGAAACUUCAUGGAAUCAACACCCCUGUUCAUGGCAGGAAGUUUGAUGUUCGAGCAGCAGACACUGACCAAGAAAUGCAAAACCAUUGUCGAUGGUGUUAUGAGGAGUUUGAUUCAGUUGAAUCUCUAGGUAUUCAUUCCCGCCUCCACAUUAGCAAGGGCUCAAACCGCUGCCCUGUCUGUGGGAAGUGGUUCAGAAGUGACCAGAGAUUAGAAUUCCAAUUGCAUCUGAGGAAGCAUGGCAUAAACAUACCCUCUGAAGAGGGGAUUCCUAUUGAGGAUACAAGCAGUGAAGGAGCUUCCUUCAAGAUCCUGCAAUCCCCAAAUGACAGAGUGGAAAUGACACUUGGCAUUACUGCUGAAAUUCCACCAAGUGACAUGACUCAUGAGCAGCUUCCAAACACAGAUGAUCAUGCAAAAGAAUGUUCUCCAUCCCAAAACUCUAAGCAAGAUCAAGACUAUCAUGUGGAUAGUGAUCAAAAGCUCCCUUCAUCUCAAGAAAGGCUUACCUUUGUAAAAUAUAGUGACUUGGGAGAGGGUAGGUCACAAUGUUGUAGUUGUGGAACAAAAUUCAAUGAAUCACAGGAACUUUUAGAUCAUGUUGAGGACCACAGCUAUGCGCAAAGGAAGUUUUGUCCUAUCUGUGUUAAGUUAUUAAGCCGGGAAAAACCAACAUCAAACUCCCACUUACAAAUGCAUGGCAUUAUCAGGCCUCAAACCAUGUCUAAUGACAAAGUGGUCAUUGAUGAUAUUGGAAGACCACCUGUUUCGGCGGACAAAGAGAACUUGGAAAUUUAUCAAACAGUAAUGCAGGUUGACGAAUCUUGUUACCAAACAGAACUUGUCUCAAAUGAUGGGCUUGACAUGAUAAAAUGCACCCCAGCUGGAAAUCUGUGUGCUGAGCUUACUUGGGAGAACCUGCAGAACACUGAAAGAUCUUUGAUGGAAUUUGAUACAUCUGGCACCUCUGAUGAAGUUCAACAAGAAGACUGUAAUCCACAGACUAAGGUGCCCCCAUCUUGUGAAACAGAAAAUCUGUCUUUAGACCCAUAUGGUAUAGAAUUGGUUGAGGAUGUCAUCGGGUCACCUACUUUGCAGGACCUAGAAAACUUGGAAUCGGAUCAAACAGUGGUGCAGAAGGAAGGGACCUCAUAUGAAAUGGAUCUCCCCUCGAAUGAUGGACAUAAAAAUGCAACUGAAAAUCUGCCUGGUGACCUCACUUGUGAACACCUGCAGAAUGCUGAAAGAUCUUUGAAAGCAUGUGAUACAUCUGGGACCUCUGAUCAAGUACAGCAACAGGAUCGUAUCCAGCAGCCAAAAGUGCACCCAUCUGGGGACCCUCAAAAUCAAUCUGUAAGACCAUAUAGUAUGAAAGUCGCUGAUAAAGAAAGCAAAUGGCAGUGUUCUCUUUGUCAGAAGAAAUUUCAUGAAGCAGUAGAAGUUGUAUAUCAUGUAAAGGUCCACGCAGAUGGUGAUGUUAAGCGUUGCCCGAUCUGUGCAGAGACCUUGAUCCUGCAGAAGUAUGCAUUCACAUCACAUUUCAUUAAACAUGGCAUUUUGAUUACCCAGUCACCUAUGUCACAGGACAUGAACAAGGAAAUGAAUAAAACUAUGGUGAAGAAUAAAGGCACCAUAGCAAAAAGGCCAUGUAGUAAUAUCCCUCAAAAGAAUAGUCAUGAGAUGGGGAAAUCUUUAGAGGAAAAUUCGUCAUCCCAAACGUCUGAUCAUGUACAAGAUGAUACGGUCCUGGAGGCGGUACACACUUCCUCUCUUGAUGUACAAUCUGUAAAGAAGGAGAAGACAUGGCAGUGCUGUUUUUGUAAGAUAGAUUUUCAUGACCCAAUGGAAGUUGUGGAACAUUCAAAUGAACAUGUGAAAGGCAAGGUUAAGCGUUGUCCAAUCUGUUCCCAGUUCAUAAGUCGGAAGCCGUUCGCAAUAAACAAACAUUUCAGGAAGCAUAGAAUUAAGAUCCCCUCUAAUAGUGACAAUGCCAUCGUUGGUAAUACAGGCAAUGACUCUCUUGUUUCGCAGGACGUUGCGAACAAACAAACAGAGCACACAAGUGGAAUUGAAUAAAAUCUCUUGGCUCAGAUACUGCACCGUCAUAUAUUAAAUCAGGACAUGACGCAAGAUAUUGUGUGAAUUGUGUCCAUGCUGUUUACAAGAUCAGUGUUUCAUAUAAUGUUUCAUCAAGUGAAUAAUUGAAAACAAAUGCCAGAUUUCAAAGACAAAGUUUGUCUUGGCUGAAUCGUUUGCAUUGUAUCAGGAUCUCUUGAUAUAGUUCCAUGUAACUUGCUAGGAAUGUCCUUUAUUUAUUUAGGCUUCUGGUUCCACUUCAAGUUGAUAGCUUGUAUUCAUACGGUGUUGGUUCUGGUGCAGGUUUGAUAGUGUAAAUCUAGAGAGAAUUUCAUGAAAGGACUUCUUAGCCAAUUAAGAAACGUUGUCAGACCUGACAACAUGUUAGACAACAACUGUUGAUGAAACCCUUCCCCAGGCUGCUUAUUUACCUGUAGAUCCAACAGAUGUGACUUUGUCAAAAAUAAGAUCAGUCGUAUCAUCAUCAGCCUCUUUUCGGAUUUGGUAUUGUCCUUUGUCCUGAUGAUUAUUAGGAAUUUUGGGGGCGUCGUGGUCUAGUGGAUAUGACUUUCGUCUUUCAAUCAGAGGGACGUGGGUUCGAAUCCCA